UGUAUGGUUAAAAUAUACUCAAAAAGAUCUAUGUUUUUUAAAUUGAAAUAAUGUUGGUUUUUAGUUUAGUGAAAAUAACGAGGAGUAAAUAAAGAUACAAUCUGUUUUUGUGAAAUAAGCUGUGAUUUAAUUUGGAGUUAAAUUGUGUGUUCGACUUGAGACAAUUUAGAAACGCUGCAGAACCAAUGGCGAAAAAAAGCAAAAUGAAGAAUCCAAGAAAAAUUAAACAGGAAUCAGAUGUCGAAACAGUCACGCCAAAUCCACUGAUGGACAAAAUAUUACUCAGCGGAUAUCAAAUCCACGAUAGUAUAAUUUUAAGUAAUUUUGAGAAUAUAACGCAAUUAGAGGUUAGUGACAAUAACAUAGAUUAUUUGGACUUAAGUUCAUUGAAAAAGCUUCAAGUUUUUCAAUGUCGAAGGAAUGCAUUACGAGAACUUAUCAUUGAUGCCGGAAAUCUAGUAACGUUAACAGCAACAAAAAAUGAUUUGACGAAAAUAUCUGUUUUAUCAGAACCAAGCUGUCUUUAUUACGUAGACAUAAGUUCCAACAAAUUUAAAGAGUUACCGCCAUGGCUCGACAAAUGCAUCAAUCUACACUACCUAUCAGCUAAUAACAACGUUAUUGAAGAAAUCGGCUCCCAUUUUAUAAACAGUAAAAUUAUAUCCCUUCACACUUUACAAUUAGCCAACAAUAAGCUUAAAUCAUUGCCGGAGUUCACAAAUGAAAAAAUAAGCCUGCGAACAUUUGCCCUUCAGUGCAAUGAACUGGAAAAAUUGCCCAACAAUUUGUUUUCAUCAUGCUUCGAAUUGACUGUCUUAAAUGUUUCUUAUAACAAACUCCAAACCCUGCCGGACAUACAAAAUGAUAACUCACUGUUGGAAAAAUUAUUAGCUUCCAAAAAUCAACUUAACAAUUCAUCACUCGAUGCUAUCAAAAAACAUAGAAAAUUACGAAUUCUUCACCUAGCGUAUAAUAACUUAACAAGUUUACCAAUUACCAGCAUAGAAUAUUGGUCAGAUUUGGAAGAGCUAGUAAUAGCAGGAAACAAAGUAGACAAACUCCCAGAAAACAUUUCAACACUCAAAAGGCUAAGAGUACUAAGAUUACAUUCGAAUCUUCUCAAAUUCUUACCUGAUCUUUCAAACUUAACUAACCUUCAUGUGCUAGAUUUAGCUCAUAAUCAACUUAACAAGGUAAAUUUAGGAACUAUACUACCCAGAAAUGUGAGAUUUCUGGACUUAUCAUGUAAUCAACAACUUCAAGUAGACUCAAAUCAACUAAAGACUUUUCAAGCUGAACGAUCAAUUAGCUUUGUUGACGUUACCGGAAAGAAUCGAUUUUGUUUGCCUACCUCAGCGUUAUUAAGAAGCAACACAAACUCUUCGUUUUUACCAUGGAAGUUGGGAUUUUCAGAAACCCCUGGAAAAUGUGCUAAGCUUUGGAUAAGUCAGCUAAGACUGCCGCAUUUCUGUAACACUGAAGGCCUUAUUGGAAUGUUUGAUGGACAAGCAAACAACAGGCAAAUGAAAUUGCUUCCAAAAAUUAUUCCAACAAUACUUCUACAACAUCGUGUGGAUCCCAAUAACCCCAGCGAAUACAUGAAGUAUACUCUUAUAUCAGCUUACGAAAAUCUAAACACAAGAGACAGAUCUUUCGAGGAUUGUGCAAUUUUGUGUCACAUCGUUAAAGAAAAACCGAGCCAUGGUUUUUCCGAAAAUAUUCGACGAUCAAGAAAAUACGUUCUCCGAAUAGCUGUUGUAGGGCAAAUUACAGCCUUUCUUAUACCGAAACAACAGUCCUUUCCACCUCCACCUGGUUCAAAGAGACAACAAUUUAAAAAGUAUGAGAGUUUCGGGAAAUCAGUACAUGAAGCAAAUGUUUUUGAAAUUACCUUGAACUCAGAUGAUGAAUAUUUAAUUAUUUGCAGUAAAAAUAUCUGGGAAACCGUUUGUAUAGAAACAGUUAUUCAAGAGAUUCAAAAUGAACAAAACCUUAUUCUCGCAGCAAAGAAAAUUCAAGACAUUGCUCAAAGCUUUGGAUUAGAACAAAAUAUUAGUAUCAUCAUACUUAAAUUUGACAACGUAGAUUCUUACGUUGAUCGUCUUAUAAACGAACUUAAACAGAAUGUUCAAAAGAAGAAAAAUAUUUAUAACUGUCCUAGCUGCGUUCACACGUCUGGCGGUAAUAGUUUCGAUAAUCACCUUCAUUCUGCCAGCAGUGCUCGUUCCUCGCCAAUCGGUCAAUCCGAUCAAGGAAUCAGCGAAUUAAGUGUAUGCUCUAAGCGUGUAGAUUCAGAUUCCCAAUAUUUUGCAGAACCUCGCAGGUCGUCUAUUAAAUCGCAGUCUUUUGGCGAUGACAAUAUUUCUAGGCUUCUAGAAGAAAGUGAUAUUCAAGAAAAUGAAUCCCUUCUUUCCGAAGAGCAAUUUAAGUGCUGGGAAUAUAUGUUGGAACAGAACACUCAACUGCUAUUUGAUAAGGAAUUAAACAAAAUAACUAACUUUUUUGUCAGGGAGGAGAAUUCUUCAAGUAGUAUUAAUUUGCAAAACAAUAGAGACUUGACAUAUUUUGGUUUAAUGCGUUCAGGAGAAAAGAGUAAAAUGUCCUCUAGCUUACCCCAACUUCUUCAUAGAGAUGUUAAAGAGUACUCGAAUAACCAAACGAAAUCUCUAGCAUCAAAAUACUUUGGCUCUGCGAGAUCUUUUCAGCAGUUUAAAUCUACAAAUAAGAAUUUUAGAGACCGAUUUAAGCCGGGCGAAGACACUAGUUCAGGAUAUUUCGGGUCACUUCGACAUAUCUUGCCAUAUGGUUUUGAAAACGAGUUUGCAAUUACCCAUGAAAGGAAGGUAGGAGAUGAUUCGGUGGAGUAUGCAAGUCGAAUGAGUCAGUAUUGGGGAGUCACUUCGACAGAGCUCUAAUAGAUAUAAAGAAGGGUAUGGCCUUGAAUUUCAUACUAAAAUAUACAAGCUUGACUUGAGUUUUCGGUGCUGUACAGUUUCUCUCAUUUUACUCGGUGCACAAAUUCGGUAUUCUAAUUUCUUAAUGUUGGGGUGCUAAAUCCAAUU